AUGAACUGGACCAUGGACUAUGCGGUGGGGGAAGGCGGUCUGUGUGACGAAGUCGAGGGGCCCAAGAAUUUCUUCGGUGACGAGAAAUCACCAUCGCAUCCAUCGCAAGUGUCGGGUGGGGAGAUGUACGGAAGCGGUGAUAUCCUGAGCUGCUGGUGCACGGCCUUGGGAUACCAGGCUAUCCUUUCCAAUGGAGGCGGCCCUGCAGAUGCACAAGAUCAAAGCAGUAGCAGUCCGUAG